GCGCUCAGUGGUAGCAACUGCAGGCUCAACACCGAAACAGAUAUGCGGACUUCGGCAUGUGUCGUACUUAUCAUCGUCUCUCUGGUCGAUAGAAAUGGUGUGUGCGCGAACCCGAAGACAUUGAAGGAUGAUUUCAACCCUUUCAAGUUCAAAGGCAAGUGGUGGGUGGAUAGCUUCAGCCAAGCUAUCUACGGAGACACAGAUCGCUGUGCUCAUUUCACGAUACAAAGAGACCACGACAACGUCUACAGAAUCAAGGCGGAAUACAUCGACACUGACAACGAGCUCGUAGAAAUGAGCGUCGAUGUGAAUGAAGAUCAACGGCACCCCUCAAGGUUCAUGCUGAAGAUCAGUGAUGACGUUAUUAUGGAGACUGCCAUUAUCGACACGGACUACGACAACUGGGCCGUUGUCUGGGCCAAGAGUGGGACAGCGGCUGCAUACCAUGUUGUGACUCGGAAACCAAACGCCGAAGAUCAGUUCCUUUCUGCGAUUCAAGCUGCCCUGGACAAGGAAGGCCUAAAGAAAGAUGAUUUCAAAAAAGUGCCGAAUAUGGACUGCUCUAAAAAGGAUACAAUAUAAUCGAUAAAAAGCGAAUAAAUAUACAACAAAAUAAACACUUUGUUCAUUUU